AGGGUGGGGAGUUAAGCCCUGCCCCCUCCUUGCUUUGACCCGGCCCCUCAACAUCACCCCUUGCACACCAGCAUGGGGGCGGCAGGGCUUAGUGCCACCCUGCCCUGGCCCACAUUUCCUCGUGUACCUCGUGCCCCCACAAUACACCCCACACCUCGGUGCUGGGAGGGAGAAUGUGGCUGGCCUGUGUGAUGCAGAGCGAGUCCUCCGAGGGGCGCAGGGUGUCCUCAUCGUCAGCCCCCCGCCCCCCCUCCCCCCGAGAGACCGGGAACUUCCUGGGGUGGCGACAGCCCCAGCCCCAUGCGAGGCAUUUGCCACUCUCCUGUGACUUGGUCUUUCCCCAAGUUCCCACGAAGUGUCAACCUCGUUUCCUCCCCUCGAGAGGCUCUGGGCCGGCUCCAGGCACCAGCUGUGCGGCUGUGGCUGUGAAAGGGUUAAUGCUGGGCCCCACCCCUUGUGCCUGCUGGGCAGAGAGGACCUGCCCCUAGAGCACAGCGUCUCCGUGCUUCUGUUCCAGGCUGUGCCAACGCUGCUGCUGGGAUCAGACCUGGAGGGUCCUGGCUAGAGGGCCUUGCCUUCCGCUCAGGGUCACCUGCAGGCUGCAUUUGGGGUCAGGAAGGUCUUGUCCCCCCGUGGACUGUGCCUGGGACCUCUCCAGCCCCUCAGCCCCCGGCUUCACCUGGAGCAGCACUGGGGGCUCUGGGUGUCUGGGCACUGGGCCUUAUUGCUAGGUGCUGGGGCUGUUGAGUAGCUAGACCUGCCUGGGGGGGCUUGGCUGGGGCUGGGGCUGGGGCUGAUGCUGCCUCGGGCAGGGGGCUGGGCAGGACAAGACCUCCAGUGGGCUCUGCCAGCCCGGCUUCCUCCCACCCCUCGAUGUUGGAGGGCAGGGGCGGGCAUGUGGUAUGCGGAGAAAUGCGGUAGGUGCCUCAGCCCGAAUAUCUUCCAGGGGUGCAUCUGCUUUUGCUGCCACCGUAAGGGCCUGGCCACAUAUUGGUCAGUCUUCCAGGCAUCCCAUGCUGCAUUGCUCCUCGCCCCCUGGGCUCCAGCUGGUCGCUCUGGUACACAGCCAGAACUCUACUGCCCCCUUUUAGUCUCUUGCUUUGGCCUCUUGCCCUGCUUGAUCAGUCCAAGGGAUCUCGCUUACAGCCAGCCUGGUCCUUGCUCCCAGCUCCACCGUGGCCCCUCAUCAUCGCCACCCCCCAGCCCUGGGGACCUCCAAAGGCUCCCUGUCCCCAGCAGGGCAGGCCGGGCUGGGGGCUCACUCCUGGCGCCCGCGGCACUGUCUGAGCCGCAGCACUUCAGUGCCUCAAAGGUGCCAUAGAGAGCCUGGCGCUGCACGUGCAAUGCCUCCAACCCACAAACCAGGUCAGGCCAAGCCCUGCGCCGAGACCCUUCCGCCGCGCCGGCCUUCAUAGACCCAGUCACCUGGACAGUAUUUACCUGCAUACAGUAUGCGCUCUGCCCCCCCCAAACUCAGCCCCUGGUCAUCGGGAGUGUGCGUCUUCAACAAAGGGGUGCGGGGAGCAGAGGCCUGAGGAUGCAGGGCCACUGCGCUUGCCUGCCAAAAUCCUUACCGGCAUUUUCAAGGCAGGGUCGUUUAUUUUCCGCCAGAAAGCAAGGUGCAGAGGCCGUUUGGGCGGCGCGUGGUAUUCCAGGAAAUACAGUAAUUGCCCUUUCCUUGGCACAGCUGAUCACUGGACUGAGUCAGCUCCUGGGCCUAGAGGUGAUUGCAUCUAAAUAUUUAGCUUCGGCUGGUUAGCGGGGAAAUGUUUAGACAUGUCAGCUUGUUAAACUAAUAGCUUGACCGGGGCGGGGUUGGCAGCGAGCUCAGCCCUGGCCGGAUGCAGCCCCCAGGCCCCGAGCAGGUGCCCUGACUCACCCCGCCCCCAGCCUCAAUUGCAGCCUCCUAUAAAGUCAUCAGGUGCGUCAUUGUCAGCCACAGGAUCCACAGGGACUGAUGGCGGGGCUGCUCUGACCCACCUCGGAGCAAAUGCCCCAUCCCCAGGCCUGAUCCACCCUCAUGACCCCCAGGGCUGGGGACGCCACAGUUGCAGCCUGCCUGAUGCUGCCUAACCCUGGCAGCUCCUCCUAGGACCAGCAGGACGCUGCUUUGGGGUCAGGCAGGAAUCGGAUCCCCAUCCGAGACAUGGGGGGCUGCGCCUGCCGCCGCAGCAGGGACCUGGGAGCUCUGGGGGCGCUGCGAGAGGUCUCCCACGUUAGGCUGGGCUGGUUCAGAUUUGGGGGCCGGGCCCCCCACCACUACAGCCCAGCACGUGCCCCACAGCCCUCCGGAUUGCCCCCAGCAUCCACGGUUGGGGCGGGGUGACUCAGGGAGCAUUGCAGCCACCACUUCCUCUUCCCACCGGGCCUGUGAGGGCACGUGGGGACCCGCCCCGCAAAGCCGGCAGCCUUGGGGCAGAAAACAGAGCUGGGGAUCCCCACACCCCGCCCAGAGCACUGGGUGCCAGCCAGGGGGCCAGUAGCUGCCUCGGUUUCCCUUGGAGGCAGCUGAUGCUCCCCUGACCAGGGGCCCUGGCGAGCAAGCUGUAGAGAUGGGACAGGUUCCCUUGCUCCCCCACCCGACAUGCCCCAUCUUCACUUUGGCCUGUGCUGGCGUCAGGUCACACGCAGAUGUCCAGGGCAUUAGCCCGUUCCAGCCUCCACAUCAAUGGGAUCAGCCCAUCUUUGCCCUCUGGCCAUGGUGGGUCUGGGGGCAAGCGCAGAUGGGGGUGAUGGGCCUAGGGCUGGUCUCUGGUCUGGGUCCCUCACCACCCAUCUAGGCAGCCUGGCACUGGCAGCUGUGCCCUUCAGGCUUUCCCAUGCUGGACUCAGCCCCCAGGGAACCCGGGUGGGUGAGCGCCUGGGCUCCAGGUGCUCUCCAGCCCCUCCUGUGGGUGCUGCAGCUGCGGGAGGCUGGGCCGAGGCUGGGCGGUGUUGGGAGCGGCUGCAUCCUGAGCUGGGGGCUUGGCAGCACUAAUGGGCGCCCUGUUGAGGGACUCAGCUCUGAGCAAGGGUCUGGCACCUACCGGAUCCACGCGCCCACACAGAACCCAGGCAUCCAGGACAUGCCCCCACACACGUAUGCAGCCCAGCAUCCGGGACACAUGCACCCACACACAUGCACUCACAGGCAGCCCAGACAUCUGGGACACGCAUGCGCACGCACAUGGAAGCCGGGCAUCCCGGGCGCACACACGGAACCCAGUCAUCUGGAACGUGCCUACACAUGUACGCAGCCCAGGCAUCCGGGGCAUGCACGCACGCACGCACGCACGCAUGCUCACAGGACCCAGGCGUCUCGGAAGACACCCCAGCCCCUUACCCCCGUUCAGUGGUGGUGUUGGGGGCUGGCAGGGCUCAACUCGCACAAGGGCGUGUGAAGGCCCUGGGGCAGCUGGUCCCACCGGACCUGGGACAAGGGCAGGGGAGCUCUGGGGAUCCCAGGCUGUGCUGUGCCGGGGGGGGAUCCUGGGGGCCCGUGCUGUGCUGGGGGAAAGCUGAGGUUGUGACUGAUGCAGAGCCCCACGUGUCUCAGGUUGUUCAGCUUGACACUAAAGAAGCUGGUGAUGCUGAAGGAGAUGGACAAGGACCUCAGCUCUGUUGUCAUCGCUGUCAAGCUACAGGGCUCGAAGCGGAUCCUGCGCUCCAAUGAAAUUGUGCUGCCAGUCAGCGGCCUGGUGGAGACGGACCUGCAGCUCACCUUCUCCCUGCAGUACCCGCACUUCCUGAAGCGGGAUGCCAACAAGCUGCAGAUCAUGCUGCAGCGCCGCAAGCGCUACAAGAACCGGACCAUCCUGGGCUACAAGACGCUGGCCGUGGGGCUUAUCAAUAUGGCUGAGGUGAUGCAGCACCCCAGCGAGGGGGCACUGGUGCUGGGGCUGCACAGCAGUGUGAAGGACGUGUCGGUGACGGUGGCCGAGAUCAAGAUCUACUCACUGUCCAGCCAGCCCAUUGACCACGAGGGCCUCAAGAAGCUCUCAGACCGCUCUCCCGACAUCGACAACUACUCAGAGGAGGAGGAGGAGAGCUUCUCGUCGGAGCAGGAGGGCAGCGACGACCCUCUCCACGGCCAGGACUUGUUCUACGAGGACGAGGAGCUGAGGAAGAUGAAGAAGACGCGGAGGAAGCUGACCUCGGCCUCGGCCAUCACUCGGCAGCCAAACAUUAAGCAGAAGUUUGUGGCUCUGCUCAAGCGCUUCAAGGUCUCGGAUGAGGUGGGCUUCGGCCUGGAGCACGUGUCGCGGGAGCAGAUCCGUGAGGUGGAGGAGGACCUGGAUGAGCUGUACGACAGCCUGGAGAUGUACAACCCCAGUGACAGUGGCCCCGAGCUCGAGGACACCGACAGCGUGCUCAGCACGCCCAAGCCCAAGCUCAAGCCGUUCUUCGAGGGCAUGUCGCAGUCCAGCUCCCAGACGGAGAUCGGGAGCCUCAACAGCAAGGGCAGCCUGGGGAGGGAGGCUGGCAGCCCCAUGGAGGUGGGCGACAAGGGGAAGGUGGCACGAGGCUGGACCCCAGACGAGGGCCUGCACGAGCCCGACAUCCCGGUUGGGGAGCCGGACACCUUCGGGGACGGGGGCCCCGCGCUGGCUGUGCCCGAGAAGGUGAAGACGCCCAUGAAGAGCAAAGCCGAGAUGCAAGGUCUGGCCUCGCCCAGGCCAGAGGGAGCAGGGCAGACGCCACGGCAGAGGCGCAGCACCCCCCUGCGUGAACGCCAGCUUUCCAAGCCCCUGAGCGAGAGAACCAACAGCUCCGACAGCGAGCGCUCGCCCGACCUGGGCCACGGCACGCAGGCCCCGCGCAAGGCACUGUACGACCAGCUCAACCAGAUCUUGGUGGCGGAGGCCGGGCUGCCUGAGAGCCUCAUCCUGGUGCACAGCGCCGACUGGCAAGGCCAGUAUGUGGCGGAGCUGCUGCAGGAGCAGAAGAAGCCGCUGGUCUGCACAUGCUCCGGGCUGGAGGUGCAGGCCGUGCUCUCGGCCCUGCUCACCCGCAUCCAGCGCUACUGCAACUGCAACUCCUCGAUGCCGCGCCCGGUGAAGGUGGUGGCCGUGGGGGGGCAGAGCUACCUCAGCGCCAUUCUCCGAUUCUUCGUCAAGCAGCUGGCCAGCAAGACCUCCGACUGGCUGGGAUACAUGCGCUUCCUUAUCGUGCCCCUGGGCUCCCAUCCUGUGGCCAAGUACAUGGGCUCAGUGGACAGCAGGUACAGCGCCAUGUUCCUGGAUGCUGCCUGGAGGGAGCUUUUCAGCCGGACUGAGCCCCCAAGCACGGAGCCGUUCGAUGUGGUGGGCCGCAUCGGGCAGUAUGUAGCCAGCGCUGCCGUGACACUGCAGCUUCCUGUGGCCGAGGCCAUGCUCACCUGCAAGCACAAGUUCCAAGAUGAGGACUCCUACCAGAAGUUCAUCCCCUUCAUUGGGGUGGUUAAAGUUGGGCUCAUCGAGGACUCACCUGCGGCCCCAGGCGAUGGAGACGAGGUGCCUGCGCUGAGCCUGAUGGUUCCCUCCACGUCACCUCCAUCCGGCUCAGGCCUGGCCAAGGACACCGGGGCCACCCCCCCUUCGUCACCCUCCAUGACCAGCGGCCUGGCCACUGCCGGGUCCCCCGGGGGGGCGCAGGGUGAGGCCAUCGGCCUGCAGGUGGAUUACUGGCUGGCGCCCGGGCGGCGCGAGGCCGGCAACAAGAAUACGCUGAAGAGCGCCUUCCGCUCCGUGCAGGUGUCGCGCCUGCCUGGCAAGAAGCCCAGGGAGAAGGAGAUGGAUUCCAAGAGCCAAGUCAUCGAGGGCAUCAGCCGCCUCAUCUGCUCCGCCAAGCAGCAGCAGACCAUGCUCAAGGUCUCCAUCGACGGCGUGGAGUGGAGCGAUAUCAAGUUCUUCCAGCUGGCACCGCAAUGGCCGACCCACGUCAAGCACUUCCCUCGCGAGAGGUUGAAAAACAUCGAGCGGAUUUGCUGUCUCCUGAGGAAGCUGGUGGUGCCCGAGUACUCGAUCCACGGGCUUUUCUGCCUCAUGUUUCUCUGCGCGGCCGAGUGGGUGACGCUGGGACUCAACAUCCCCCUGCUCUUCUACCACCUGUGGAGGUGA